AUGAGUGCCAUAUCUUUGGUUAAUUUAAACAAACGUGAUGCUAUUAGUAGUGCAAUGGUAAAACCUCCUCUUUCUGCCUUAGUAACAACAGCAUCUUCCUUUCUGAUUAAUAACAAGGUUCAAGAAAAUAUUCUUCUAUCACAACAUAUGAUUUAUAUUGAUGAAGGAACAAUUAUACAUCCAAGAUGUGUUUUGGAAUGUGGAAAUAAUUCAAAAGGAAUUAAAAUUGGAAAGAAUAAUAUUAUUGAGGAAGGAGUUGUAAUAAUCAAUCAAGGAACAGAUACACUCACCAUUGGAAAUAACAAUCAUAUCAAAGCUGGAGUGUAUAUUAGUGGAAAUGUAAAAAUUGGUGACUAUAACGUACUGGAAUGCAAGUGCAAAAUUGAUAAUAAUGUGAAAAUUGAGGAAUAUUGUAUCAUUAAUGCUUUGUGUGAAUUGGGUGGAGAUAAUGGAGCUAUGUGUCAGUUACCCUCCUACACAAUCAUUCUUGGUUUGAAUGGAGCUAGAAAAUCAAUGUUAAAACAAAAAGAGAAGAUUAGAUCUUUACAUGAACAUCAAAUUCAACAACAAUUACUCACACUAAGAAGUAUUUUACCAAACUAUCACAAAGCAUGGAAAAUUUAA